GGGCUGGGAAGAGGCGGCCCCAGCUGGGUUGUUUCGCUUGAGUAGGUGCGGGCGCAGCUUCCCCCUCCCUGCCGCUCCCCCCCUCCCCCGCCCGGAAGGCGGACGGGCUGGGGGGAGGCGCGAGCUGCUCACCCAUCCCCGGGGCGGGCGGCUCGCGAGGUUGAGCUAGGAGCAGCGGCAGAGAGAAGCCCCUCUCAGGUGGGGGAGUGCAUGCCUGGGAGAAACUGGAUUUGUGAGUUCAUCCUUCAGUGAUUGAUGUGUUUUAAGCCACAAGGCAGUCAUGCCGUAGAAUGAGAAUCAAAAAAUGGAACCUUUUCUCAAGAAUUUCAAGGUUUAGGAUUUACUUGUCUUUGGUUCAAGGACAGAAGAACCAGACAAUUCAUACAGAACCAGAUCAUUACUUGAGGAUUCCUGAAAUUUCUCAUAGGAUUGCAAGAAAAUUGAGGGUUCUGAUUGUACUUCUAGUCCAGGGGAGGUAAGAAGGAGCUAAACAUUAGGAGAGUGAGGACUGCAGCCAAAGCCUCAUCAGAAAAUAUAUACUUCACAGAACACCUCACAACUGAACUAAAUACAGGUUUACUACUUGUGCCUGUCUCAUCUUACCUACCUCACUUCCUUUCUGGUUGGAAAUGAAAAUUGGGAACCAAUAGAAUAAAAUCUGGAGACUUGGAAAUGGUCCAACUGUAGUGAUGAGUUUGACAAUUUCACACCAUGGGAAUCUCACCUGUGCCUCAAUAAACACAGAUUAUCAGCUCUCAGCUAGAGAUUGCCUAAGAAGCUGGGACUUGGAAGAUUAAAAAAGCAAAGCAAAAGAAACAGAGGUACAAACCUAGGCAAAAAUUAUUUGCCUAGAACCUUGGUGCCAUCUCUUUUGGCCUCAAGCUUGUGUAGCUCCUGCGAUUUAGUUAGUGUAUACAGUACUGUUCUUCCACUUGUGCCUAAAUGGGACAACAACCCAACAGCCAGACUGAAGACGAAGGGGUGAAAAGCAAAGUCCAUGGCAACUUAUCCUUGCCAAUUAUGUGGGAAGAUACUCCUUACCCUGGAAAAAUUCACUAUCCACACUUACUCCCACACAGGGGAACGUCCUUACAAGUGCUUGCAGCAAGGCUGUGCAAAAGGGUUCAUUUCCAAAUAUAAGCUCAUCAGGCACAUGGCCACCCAUUCACCACAGAAAUCCCAUCAGUGUGUUCACUGUGAGAAGACAUUUCACCGGAAAGACCACUUAAAGAAUCAUCUCCAGACUCAUGAUCCCAACAAAAUGGCCUUUGGGUGUGAUGAGUGUGGAAAGAAGUACAACACCAAGCUUGGUUACAAGCGGCAUUUGGCUCUACAUGCAGCCAGCAGCGGAGACCUCACAUGCCGAGUUUGUGCCCUAGAGCUUGGGAGCACCGAGGUAUUACUGGAUCAUCUCAAAGCCCACACAGGGGGAAAGCCCCCUAAUGGAGCCAAGGAAAAGAAGCAUCAGUGUGACCAUUGUGAAAGAUGCUUCUAUACUCGGAAGGAUGUUCGGCGCCACCUGGUAGUCCACACAGGCUGCAAAGACUUCCUGUGUCAGUUCUGUGCCCAGCGAUUUGGACGAAAAGACCAUCUUACUCGACACACCAAGAAAACGCACUCACAGGAGCUGAUGAAAGACCAGAUGCAAAACGGAGACCUGCUGGGCUCACUUAAUGCACAUUCUCCUCCAUUUCAGCUCAAAGAAGGAACUGCUACAUUGUCCCCUUUUCCUUUAGGUGUAUGUGUACAGAACAACGGGUUUGGGAAUAGCUUGCAGGCAGAUGUACAAGACAGCACACCUGGUCCCUAUGAGCAAAGCCUACAGCACUCACAACCGCUUCCAGAUUCUUUAGCAGCCAUCCAGCCUUCAGCAUCUCCAAGCUCACCUUCUUGUAACCUUCAGCAUCCCGAAUAUGACCCAAGCUCUACCUCAUACUCCCCACUCACCCACCCCAAAAAUCUACCCCUCAAAACAGGUUCAAAGGGAUUCUGCAAUAUGAACCUCCUUGAGGAAUUGUCUUUGCAAGAGCCUCACUUAGCACCCAGAAUUAGUCCAGAUCUUGAUCCAGCUAAGGGGGUUGCAGACAGAUUAAAUGUUCACAAGGAAAUAGCAAUGCCUACUGAUGCUAUGAACAGGGCGUCAUCAUCACCUGCCUCUCUGGAUAUCUCUCACCUCCUGGGGUUUUGGCAGCUGCCUCCCUCUCUCACCCAAAAUGUCCAUGGGAACAGUCCUAUGACGUUGGGACAUCGGGAAUCAUUACCCCAUAGACUCAGCUGUCUGGGACAACAGCAACAAGAACCACAGCUAGCCAUGGGCAGUGUCACUCUCAAUCAGCUCCAUCUUCCUCACAUUCCUCAUACUUUCCCUGCCAGCCCCAGCUCUACUAUCCUGCCUCAUUUUCACCAUGCAUUCAGAUGACUUCUAUUUUAAGAGUAAUUUUCUGUCAUAAACAACUUUUUAAACAGUAAAGCCAUGUGUUUUAAAGGCCAGGUAUAAUGCAAGAAUAGAAAAACAGGAUUGUCUGCAUGAGGGCAACUGGCUUCAUAUCAUAAAAUUCUGAAAAACACACAAAACCAACCAACUGCAUGUAUUGUGCCAAUCUGCCAUGAGUGUUCAUGCUUUGUACCAAAUUUUAUAUUGAGUGAGUAUUCUAUAGUAGAACUGCAAAUACUGCCAUGAUGGACAUACAAAAUGAGGGCUGCUAUAUAGGUAUGGGCCAAGGGGAAAUUAAUUUUAAGCCAUGCAUCAUAGUAAAAAUGAUAUAUAAACAGUGACCAUUUUUACAUGGCCUCUAGGUGGACCACUACAU